AUGAGGAUUGGAAUGUACGGCUAUUAUGGCUACGGCUGUCGCUAUGGCUACGGCUGCCGCUACGGCUGCGGCUGCGGCUACGGCAACGGCUACGGCUACGGCUACGGCUACGGCUACGGCAAUGGCUACGGCUACGGCUGCGGCAAUGGCUACGGCUACGGCUGCGGCUACGGCAAUGGCUACUGCUACGGCUACGGCAAUGGCUACUGCUACGGCUACGGCAAUGGCUACGGCUACGGCUGCGGCUACGGCAAUGGCUACUGCUACGGAUACGGCAAUGGCUACGGCUAUGGUUACGGCUACGGUUACGCCUACGGUUGCAGCCUUGGCUACGGCUACAGUAGUGUUAGUCUAACCACAGCAGCCGGUCACCCAGGUCGCCAGCCGUGCAGGCAGAGAGUGAGUGUAAUGGUAUCAUUAUGUAGGUUAUUUUGGAAGUUUUUAAGUGUUGGGGACGGUACUGAGAGUUACGAAUGA